UUAGCUACUGGGGAUGAUUUUGGAUUUGUGAAAUUGUUUUCCUACCCAGUAAAGGGUCGUGAUGCAAGGUUCAAAAAGUAUGUUGGCCACAGUGCACACGUGACCAAUGUCAGAUGGUUGUAUGAUGAUUCCACCCUGCUGACUGUCGGGGGAGCAGAUACAGCACUGAUGAUCUGGACGCGAGAGGCUUUUGGAAAUCUAGAGAGCAAACCUGUGGACAGCGAAGAGUCAGACACUGAUGCUGAAGAGGAUGGAGGUUAUGACAGUGAUGUGGCGAGAGAGAAAGCUAUGAUUAUACCACUAAAAUUUAUGCUGUUAGUAUCCGAGAAAUGGAAGGAACAAAGCCCCACCAUCAGAUAAAAGAAGCUUCAGUGGAGGAAAGGUUCAGAUACCAAUGUAACCUGCCAAAAUCAGGUGAUAAUUUUGGUGUUUGCGAGUAUUUUGACCCCUGCUCAUCUCUAAUCUCUAUGAUCAUGCAAUUUCUGAGAAGGUAAGUAUUUUGCAUGGAUUCACAACUG